AUGGAAAGCACAACUGCAUAUAUCAAAUUUGGAAAGAAAUGGACAUCUAAGGAUGACCACGAUAGCAUUGAUGAUAGCAUCCGUAAAUCACUUGUUAUUGUGCAUUCUUAUCUACAAGAUCAUCUAGGAUCAAAAGAUUCCGAUACAAUAAGGGAAAUAAAUUGCAUUAAAGAGAAAUACGAAAAGAAAUUGGAAGAAUGUAUAAACAAGAACACUGAAAAGGACGAACUUACCUCUGGGGAUGUCAAACAAUUGCACUUAUCAAUGAAGAAAGAAGAUGAAGAUUAUCCGUACUUUGUGCAUUACGAUGGGUCUGCGGUGUGCAAGGAAGAAAAUACGCUACAAUUUGUAAUAAAAAAGUACAAAUGUAGUCUGGAAAUAGUUUUGGAUGAGUCAAAUCUGAUAGACGAAAAAACGAAAUUGCAAUAUGCAUUAGAAGCCGCCCGAGGCCUUCGAUUUCUGCACAAUAAUGAAGUUAUACAUGGAGCUGUGAAACUUUCGAGUUUUUUGGUUGAUGAAAACAACCAUGUUGUGAUAUUUGAAAUGGGACAUUCAAACCAUGUUGGUUCUCUCCGGACAAAUUUCCCCCACGAGUCUCUGACAUAUUUGGCUCCAGAACUUCGAGAUCCCUCUGCAGUCUUUUUACCCACGAAAUCCUCUGAUAUCUUUUCAUUUGGGCUGUUGCUAUGGGAAUUGUAUAAUAGGAAACCUAUUGAAGAUAAUUUAUUUGUUGAGAAGUUAAAAGAAACUGAAGGUGAUAUAGUCGAUUUAAUCAGAGCAUGUGUACAUAGAAAUCCUGAGGUUCGACCUACCAUAUCUCAAGUUGUAUCCAAACUAUACAUAAUUACUCAAUCACUCCCAGAGCAGAAUGGAGAAAGAAAAAGAAAAGAAUAG